UAAUAGCGCUAUAUAUAUACGAGCAAAGUUAACUUAGCCUGAAUUAGUGCCUUGUUUUUGAUAUCAUGAAUAUCACAAUAUGUUGCUGGAUUUAAGUGAAGUAUUUAAUGAUUCAUCGGUUUAAAAUAUAUUUUUUGGUUAUUAGAAACAAUGAAGUUUUACUUGUCAGUGAUUUGUGUCUAUGUUUUUCUCCCGGAUUUGCAGUGUUUUUCAACACGUACAUUGACCUUUGAGGAUGACAGAUGUUAUGGGCCGUUUAAUCCCACACCAAGAGAGAGUUUCAAGGUCAUUCAUACCGGCGAGGAAAGUAGCAGCAUUUGUCGAGACAUGUCAUUCAAUGGUUGGGACGACGUGGAUAAACUGAGCAGGGAAUCGUGUGUCAGAGUAGAAGAGUACAAACUUCAAUGUCCUCAAAAACUUGUAUACAGGGCAGGUAGCAACAGAGGAACCCCAGCUCGAACUUAUGAUUGUCGGGACACAGUUGACGAAAUACCAGUAUUUUGUACAUUUGAGUUACUAUACAUUCGUAUAGAGGCAGAUGAAACCAAGAAAAACACAGAAGUUGUCUACACUGUUUAUAGUGGGAGUGAAAAACAGGGUUACAGCUCUAAUUUAUCUGCGAUUUCGAUAAUAAUGCCUGUCCUUGUGCUGAGCUUGCUGGCUUUAGUACUCACUUUAGUAUGCUGUAUACGUAUGAAAAGAGCACGUGAGCUGCAAAACCGGGGAGGAACGGUUGUUUUUAACAGAAAUCAACAACCUGGUGUAACCUUAUAUCAACCAGUGCAUCAGCCUUGGGCUCAGGGUCAAAGUCAACAGGGAUACAGUCAGCCACCGCAGACAUCCCCUCCUUUCCAGAGCUAUCCGCAACCAAGCGCACCUGUUAUCGCAGGGUCUUAUGGGUAUCCAUCGGGGCAACAAUUUCUCCCUCCCGCUGCACCAAAUUCACCUCACAUCAACGAACCUCCCUCUUAUAACGAAGUCAUAAAUAAAAAACAUUAACUCUGUUUUAGUGCUGGACAUGUAUGUAUGUGUAAGUGUGUGAAAGUAUCCAACGUAGUAAUGAUUUUUAACCAGAUAUGAUAUUGGAACAAUUAACUUAACGAUGAAUUCGAUUGCUUUUAAGGCCAAACGACGCAUUCCUCACAAAUAUGUAAUUUUCCCAAGAAUUUCUGAAUGGAGCAUUGCUACAUAAACAAGAACAUUGAGGUACAUUACAAGGCAUUUGUGAAAGACUCCAGAGGAUGUAUUUCUUUAUAGAUACAAUAUUUUUCAAAAUCACGUAAUUGCUGAUAUCCCAGUUUUUGGUUGAUUUAUAUUUUUUGACAUUUUCAAAACAGUUUUAAAAUCAGAAGAUGAUAAUAAUUUUAAAUAAUUUUCGUAUAUCUCGAAGAGAUUCAAAAACAGGUGUAAGUGGAACGUGUCGUCAGACCUUAAUAAAAAAAAAACAAGGAGUUUAUUUAUAAUGCAUGAUGUCAAAAAAUAAAAAUCCUGUGUAUAUGUACCGGUUGAAAUCGUUCCUCUUAUCAAAGAUAAUUCACAUAAAAGAGAUAAACUGAGUUUUCAGGUAGCUAACUAUCUAAACGUGGCUUCCUACAUGUAUAAUGUCUCCAUACAAUUUUCAAAGUGUCUGUGUGUAUUUUAUUUUAUUAUUAUUUUUUGUUUUGUUUCGAUAUUAAUUUUUAGGGAUGGCAAUUAUUUACAACAAUGUUUUAUGCAAAUAUUUUAUUUUUUAAAUUUUUUUCUUAACAUGUCAUGUUUAACACCUUUUUUUUCUUAGAGGAUGUUGGAUGUAAAUAUGUCUGUAAAGUAACUAUUCUGAAAUAUACUUUACAUAUUUAACAUAUGCAUAAUUUAUCUCCUCAUUUUACUCCAAUAUCAAAUAUUUUUUCUUUAUUGGAAUAAAAAGCACUGUUUAC